AUGAUAUGUCAAGCCUGCAUUUUCGGUUGGCCAACUGAAGACUCGGCAAGUGAUAGGCUCGUGUUACGUUCCCUUCCUUUCUCGCCGCCUGUACCUUUGGAACAGCAUUCUUGCGUCAGAGCUCACCUUCACCGCAACACGUGCCGUGGGUAUGCUGAAGAAGUUCAUCGUCUCCAUGCCCCCAUUUUCACCAUAGCAACACUUAUGCCUCUCCGACGUCUUCUCGUCAGGCGUCCAACAGAAUCUCUAAAGUUACCUCAUUUCGCCCUUUCCAUCCUCUUUUACCUUUCAGGCACGAACCUGACUGAAAAAAUUAUCCGCUCUUAA